AUGGUUGGUACUCCACUCGAAAUUCCUGGCUUUUACUAUGAUUCAGCUCGCAAUAGAUACUUUCGUAUUGCUUCACAAGGAAUAUCUACUCCGUCUGCACACGAUUACACAAGGGAACAUUUAAACCAAUACAAUUCUCGAAAAAGAACUAGUUCAAAAGAUGAUGAGAAGCAGAGUACAACCAAGAAGCAUCAUCGUAACCUUUUACCCAGUUUAAAUAAGUACUUAUUCAGUCGUCAAUUAGCUGGGACCUUUGGGAAUUUCAUGAAUGCGGGUUUGUUAGGUCGACGGGGUCGAGAAAUUACAUUUUCCCCAUCUUUACAGGGCAUCACUCUACAAAAAAUUCAUUGGGUCCCAGGAUUAAACAAAUAUAUAUUUUCAUCCAGCAGGGGCGAUAUGUUUAUAUCAUCUCUAUACUCAGCUAAUGAUUCAAAUUUGCAUGAUUUAAAAGUCUCACCGAAUAAUGGAAUGGUGCCACAGAAGGUUAAUGUUGCUCGUCUUGGCUUGUCGCCGUCUUCUAUAACGUCUAUUUCUUCGAAUUUGGGUACAGGUUUAUUUUGGACUACCCUCAGCUCACAGUCAACUGAAAGUAAAGCUCAUAUGUGCAGUUACAAUAUUUCCCAAGAUUCUCCCGAGAACUAUACUCAAAUAUCCUUACGAUCAAUGAAGACUCCUCAUUGCUCUGAGUUUAUAAAAGGAGUCGGAUUCGCUGUGGGUGGUUCCAAUAAGAUCGCCUUGUUGAAUGAAGAAGGUGUUUUUCAAAGAAACCUACAUUCCAAAGGCGAUGUCUUCACUUUAACAGCAGUUGACCAAAAUAUUUUAGCAGCCGGAUGCAGAAACAAAUCAGUUUUAUUGUAUGAUUUGAGAGCUCCUAGCAAAAACAUAUGCCGAUUUGCUCACGAUGCGAGUGUAUGUUCGACAUCCCUUGUCGAUUCGGCUGAACCGAAACUAUUAGUAAGUGGGUUGGUCUCGUCAAUCUCUUUAUACGAUUUGCGGUUUGUAAGACACACCUCAAAGGUAAGCCAUUUGAUGUCCUAUUCUGGACAUUCCAACAUGGUAGAACGUAACUUGGCAUUCAUGUGUAAUGAAAAAGGUACUCUUUUUGGAGCAGCAGGUGACGAUUCACACAUUCGAUUCUGGAAUAUUGAUUCUCCUGAGAUUGUGGCAGACUUUCAAACAGAUACCACAGGAACCAAUAUAUUACACCCGGAUGGAACUUGGAUGAAAUCAAAAGACACAGAGGGCUGGCUGCUACUUGUUAAUGACCGUGUACAUUUUUAUGAAUCAUGA